AUGGUGUCCGAUGAAAUGCCUGUGAGAGAUGUUGUUUCUUGGAGCACCAUGAUUAGGAGCUAUGGGAGGAGUGGCUUGUUUCUAGAAGCGGUGGGAUUGAUGAUAGAGAUGAUGUUGUUUGGGGUGAACCCAAGUGAAGUUGCUUUGAUCAACAUGAUCAAUGUUCUUGCAGAUGCAGCGGAAUUGGACAUGGGUCGGCAGGUUCAUGCUCUAAUGAUGAAGAAAAGCGAGUUCUGUCAGCCGGAUCUAAAUGUUUUCACAGCACUGAUAGACAUGUAUGUGAAGUGUGGAUGCUUAGAUAUGGCGAGAAAAGUAUUUGACCGGAUGGAUAAUAGGAGCAUUGCGUCAUGGACUGCGAUGAUCAAUGGCUAUGCUCGAUUUGGAGAUUUUUGCAUUGCUAUGGAGCUUCUUGGGAAAAUGCUGCAAAAUAAUGUGAAACCAAAUGAGAUUACAGUGCUAAGCUUAGUCUUAAAUUGUGGGCUUUAUAAGAAAAUCGGAUUGGGAAAGUCGCUUCACGCUUACAUGCUUAGACAGAGGUUGGAGAUGCCAGUUGCAUUGGUCAGUGCAUUGUUAGGCAUGUACAGCAAAUGUGGCGAUAAUAAGAGUGCAAGAACUCUUUUUGAUAGGAUGAGUGAGAAGGAUGUCAUGUCAUGGAGUGUUAUAAUCUCUGGUUACUCACAAACCAACUGCUUUGAUGAGGCAUUUGACUUAUUUGGUAAAAUGAAGUAUUUUGGUGUAAAUCCAAAUGAAAUUACGAUGGUGAACCUCCUAUCGUUGUGUGCUGAGGCAGGAGCGCUCGAUCAAGGGAGAUGGGUUCAUUCUUUCGUUGAACAACAAGGGAUUGAAAUGGAUAUUGAUCUUGCCACUUCUUUAGUGGAUAUGUAUGGUAAGUGUGGAGAGAUAGAGGAAGCAUACAAGGUAUUUAAUGGCACUGGUAAAAGAGAUGUUUGCAUGUGGAAUGCCAUGUUGAAUGGUCUUGCUAUGAACAGCCAUGGGAAUGAAGCAAUCAGAUUUUUUUCUCAGAUGGAGGUUACAAAGAUUAGACCAAAUGACAUAUCUUUUGUAGGAAUAUUGAAAGCUUGCAUCCAUACAGGAUUGGUGUUAGAAGGAAAAAAAUUCUUCAAUCGAAUGAUAAAUAAAUAUGGAUUGGUUCCAAGAGUGGAGCACUAUGGAUGCAUGGUGGAUCUCCUCGGAUGA